AGGGGAGGAGUAGAGGAGAAACCCCGGCCUGGUGAGGAAGAGAGAGAUGUGAUUGUGCGUGUUUGGGACGAGAGACGGGAGCACAGAGUGAUCGCAAUCAAGUCAAAAGUCCGACCGCGGAGGGAGCGCACUUAAAAUCACGUGGGGUGUGGAUUUGUACGUGGAAAAAGUAAAAGUGUCUCCGGUCUGACCUGUGCUUGUACUUUGUUUUCCUCCUUUCCACUCCCUCCGCCCUGCAUUCCGCGGAGCAGCUGUGUUUUAAUGCCCCUGCGCACCCGAGGAGGAGAGGAAGGAGAGAAGAGUGAGGAAGAAGAGGCAGAAGAAGAAGAAGAAGAAGAAGAAGAAGAAAAAGGAAAGGAAGACGAGGAAGGAGAAGUAAGAAGGCCUGGACAACACCCCUCCUCGCCCUCUGGAGGUCUGUCCACUCUCCCCUCCUGCCCCUGCAUGGACGGGGAUGGGGAGAGCCGGAUGCUGUUGCCGCGGGGCUGAGCGCCUCGCCUCCCCGUCUCUGGUGCGCCGCUUCCGGCCACUGCUGCUGCUGAUCAUCGCUCUCUGCUGCGGUGCUCACAUAGGUCAGUGCCAGGUGCCCACCCCUCAGUGCCGUAUCCAGAAGUGCACAACCGACUUUGUGUCCCUGACCUCCCACCUGACGCCGGCCGUGGAUGGCUUUCAUAUUGAAUUCUGCAAGGCUUUACGUGCGUACUCGGCCUGCACCCAGAGGACGGCCAAGUCCUGCAGAGGGAACCUGGUCUUCCACUCAGCCGUGCUUGGCAUCUCUGACCUCAUGAGUCAGAGGAAUUGCUCCAGAGACGGGCCCACUUCCUCCACGCACCCCGAGGUCCAACACGAGCCCUGCAACUACCACAGCCGCACCCAGCAUGCCCACACACACUCCCAUGUCCAUGCACACGCACAUUCCCAUGCUCACAGCCACACCCACUCCCGGCCCGGGUACCUGUUCUGUGGGCUGUUUGGGGACCCACACCUGAGGACAUUUAAGGACAGCUUCCAGACUUGUAAGGUGGAGGGGGCAUGGCCUCUCAUCGAUAAUGACUAUCUGUCUGUACAAGUCACUAAUGUUCCCGUAGUACCUGGCUCCAGUGCCACAGCAACCAAUAAGAUCACCAUCAUCUUCAAGCCAUAUGAGGGUUGUACAGACCAGAAGCUCUACCAGGCGGUCACGGACAACCUCCCCGCUGCCUUUGAUGAUGGAACGGUGAGCAGUGGAGACCCCAUCCACACUUCUGCUGGGGCAGACGGUGCAGCUGGGAAGGUCCGGGCUCUGUGGAUCUCUGAGCGCAUCCCGGGGCGCCACGUGGAGCUGCACGCUGGCUACAUUGGUGUAACUGUAAUAGUUCGCCAGCUGGGCCGCUACCUGACCCUGGCAGUGCGGAUCCCGGAGGAGCUGGCUCAGGCCUACGAUGCCACCCAGGACCUGCAGCUCUGUCUGAACGGCUGCCCCAGCGGAGAACGCAUUGACCAGGCAGGGCAUCUUCCCCUGCCCCUGUCCCCUCCUGCGCUCGGCCUACAGCUUCAGCAGCUGCGUCGUCCCAGCUACUCCUCACAGACACAAGCGUUUCCCUAUGGUGCCAUGCAGGUUUUUGGCGUGGAGGGGGCAAAGGAACGCUGCAGGGAGCAGCUGGAGGUGCAGGACAUUUACUUCCACUCCUGUGUGUUUGAUCUCCUGACCACCGGGGAUGCCAACUUCACAGUGGCAGCACACAGCGCCUUGAAGGACAUGGAGAGCCUCCACCCGCACCGGGAUAGAUGGAGGAUCUACCCCCGCGGCUCGGCUACCUCCACCUUACGCUCUGAUUCUCAUCCUGUCAAGCAGCUCGCUGUGCUCCUGCUGUGUGCUCUGACCCUGGUGUUAAUGUAAGAGCAGGAAUGGGGGUCUUUGCGUGCGCCUGCAUGCGUGUGGGCUUGUAUAUGUGUGUGCACUAGAAAGUGAGGGUUUUUUUUGCUGAGCACUGAUCCUGAGCACUGAUUCUCCUGUCAUGGUGAGAGGAAACAGCAGGCUGGACAGUAAUUAGACCCUAGUGUUUUUGUGGAAGAGGUGGCAGCGCUUUCUGUGGGCACAGGAGACUCUGGCCAACACUAACUGCAUCUUACCUGGCAGAAUCAGCCCUCUGGGGAAAAACACAGGAAAUGUGAUGACGGCUUUUGCAAUCUGUCUUCAUCUUUGGAUAGGACAUUUGACGAGUGCACCUGUGUGUGUGCGGGGUUAAGUAUGUUAAGUAUGUGGUACACACUCCAAACUGUAAAUAGCUCGUCUUCAGUGCACAGUGUAAUGGCGUAGAGUUUGUUUUUUUGUGUCAUUUGAUGUGAUGUUUCUUUAAUACCUCAGUCAGAGGGUGUUUGUUUUAACAAAAGCACUUUAUUUAGAUUUUUUCUUUUGUUUAAGUUUAACAAAUCCACAUCAGUGUUUCUUCCUCUAACUUAAUGUUCUCCACCAAAAUCUCCAAUGGCUCAAGUUUGGAGACCACCUAUAAUUUGAUUUUUGAUCCUUUAAAAGUUGAUGUCUGUUGAAUACAAGGAGCUGCCAUAUUUGUUGAAAAGCAUCUUUCUUCCAGUAGCUGAUUUGACUCAGUGUGUCAUUUUAAGUCAGUCAAUGUGAGUAGUUCUCUUUUGAAUGUAUUAUGAAUAUUGUCACAGCAAAUGCCAUCAGUACUAUUCUGUUGCUCUGUGAAUUUGUUGUUUUUCCUCAGUCCUGAUUUCAAGUAUGUAUGAAUGUGUGUGAAAGUGUGUGUGUGUGUGGCUGCAUCAGUGUUCUGUUUCUUUUCCCACUCGGUGAAUUGAUUGGGUGUGUUUUAAGUUCCUCUGAGGAUCACAUCAGAGGUAUUUCCACCUUUUUGCCAAGAGGCUGUGAUGAUAGCGGCUCGUGUACGUUGCUCACCGUAUUCUUUGUUUUGUGAAUUUGAGCCAAAGACAGAUAAUGUAUGGUUUUCAUGUACAAAGAAUCACCAUCUCACCACCAAACCAGCACUCCUCUCUUCCUCACGCUCUCUCCUUUGUUUUUGAGGUUGCUACUGUAAACUGUUUUCCUUACUGCCAGAAUUGACGAGCUGCUCCUAACUGGGAUACGUGUAGACAAAACACUGCAAAUCACUUACAAAACUUAACUGCAUUCUCUGCUGAAACAUGUGCUUCAGCAGCGUGUAGUGGAAGAUGUAUACUAUCUGAUUAAAUGCCAACCCGUAAGACUAUGAGCCUUUUAAAUAUGUAACAGUUUGUAUAAUUAUGCCCCAUUUGGUUGGCAGUUUAAGCCUAAUCUCAUCAUGAGCUCUUUCAUCAUGAGCGAGUGUCAGUUUGGUGAAGAGUCACUGGUCAAUGUUUAAAUACUUAACUUAUUUAUGAACGUAGUGUCCUGUAGAGGAAGUUAAGCUCCAUAUUCUUGCUGUUGGAUAAUAAUUUAAAAAAUGUCAGAUGUGAUUGUACUGCCACCUAGUGGUGCUCUGUUGCUAUGUCAGUGUGUUACUCAAGGCGCUAAAAAAAAAAAAACAUGACAAAAAAACUGUGUGCAAGUGUUUUAUUUAAAAAGGAAUAAAGUCAAAAUGGUCCGAUCUUA